AUCACUUCACACGAGUCUGCAGCAGGUCAGAGUUUCCCCGCACCUGCGCCAGUCCUGCGGGUCCCCUGCGGCGCAUCUGCGCUCCUAUUGGUCUGAUUAGCAGUGGACUGAAACAGACUGCGAGGGUUCUCAUAAAUAGGCCAUCAGUACAGCCGGACCAGCAAACAAGAAGCUCGCUGCAGACCACACACAUAAUAACAAAAACUUUGCUUGCGCAUUUUCUUAAGACUGCGUCCCUUUUUGUGGACUCAUCAUGAUCCUCUCCAUGGAUGAAGCGGCUCAGCACGCAGCCACCUCAUCCGAAGAAGAAAUAGACAUAGUCGGGGGAGAUGGAGGAGAAUUUUUCCUACCUUGUCAGGACACAGAUGACUCACCGGCGGAGUCCAGCGCGGAGGCGGACACUUCAGAAGCCGACUCCUCCGGGGAAAGCGAGGUCACGACCCCGAGCCGUGCGGCGAGCGGCUCUGUUAAACCUCCCUACUCGUAUAUCGCCCUCAUCACUAUGGCUAUCCUGCAGAGCCCCAUGAAGAAACUCACUCUCAGUGGUAUCUGCGACUUCAUCAGCAACAAGUUCCCUUACUACAAGGCAAAGUUUCCGGCGUGGCAGAACUCCAUCCGGCACAACCUGUCGCUUAAUGACUGUUUCGUCAAGAUCCCCAGGGAACCAGGGAACCCAGGCAAGGGCAACUACUGGUCUCUGGACCCUGCCUCGGAGGACAUGUUCGACAACGGCAGCUUCCUGAGAAGGAGAAAGAGGUUCAAGAGAAGUCGUCCAGAAUAUUAUAAAGACGGACUUUUGCUUUAUCCAGGCUUUAGUGGUCGAUCCUACGGGAGGCCUUACUGCGUGUCUGGACGUCCUCUAACGCAGCCUCUCGGAUACACACCGUGUCCAUAUUUCCCCUUUCAGAGUGUGGCCGAUGUUAAGGGCCUCCAAGCCGGAGAGUUUGGGCCACACGCUCGCCUCACGUUCCCCGAACAGGGGCCAGAGCCCCAGACGCAGAAAUGUUCUUUUACUAUCGACAGCAUCAUGGCAAAACCAGACAGUCCCACACACAAAACCCCUGUCCUCCAACUUCCAGUCGAUUAUGGACAUGUCUUCUCUCGGCCAGCCUCCUGCGUGGUUCCCGGUUUUCUGCCAAUGACACGGACACCUUUUACGCGUGCCAAUGUGGCCAUUACAGAAAACUUACCAAUGCUAUAUCCUAACUGCUGAACAUGCUAAAGACUAACAUAACUCAGCCAAAUUAUAGCAAACAUGUUAAUGUUAUAGCACACAAGUGUCUUUUAUUUGCACAUACACUGAAUC